AUGGAGGAGACAAACUUGAGGAGACGGAGAGAGGAUGAGAAAUCCAUCCAGAGCAAUGAACCCAAGACCACAAGUCUCCAGAAAGAGGUGGGCCUCAUCAGUGGCAUCUGCAUCAUUGUGGGCACCAUCAUCGGCUCCGGCAUCUUCAUCUCCCCCAAGUCUGUGCUGGCCAACACAGAAUCUGUGGGGCCCUGUCUCAUCAUAUGGGCAGCCUGUGGAAUCCUGGCUACUCUGGGUGCCCUGUGCUUUGCAGAGCUCGGCACCAUGAUCACCAAGUCGGGGGGUGAGUACCCCUACCUGAUGGAGGCCUUUGGCCCCAUCCCCGCCUACCUUUUCUCCUGGACCAGCCUGAUCGUCAUGAAGCCUUCCUCCUUCGCCAUCAUUUGCCUCAGCUUCUCGGAGUACGUGUGUGCCGCGUUUUACUCAGGCUGCAACCCUCCGAAUUUGGUCGUGAAACUCCUGGCUGCCGCCGCCAUUAUGCUCAUCACUACAGUGAACGCGCUGAGCGUGCGGCUUGGGAGCUACGUUCAGAACUUCUUCACGGCAGCCAAGCUGGUAAUCGUCGCCAUCAUCAUCAUCAGCGGACUGGUCUUCCUGGCCCAAGGAAGCACGAAGAACUUUCAGAAUUCUUUUGAGGGUGCGCAGACCUCUGUGGGCGCCAUCAGCCUGGCAUUUUACAAUGGACUCUGGGCUUAUGAUGGGUGGAAUCAACUCAACUAUAUCACUGAGGAGCUUAGAAACCCUUACAGAAACCUGCCCAUGGCCAUUGUCAUUGGCAUUCCUCUGGUGACAGUGUGUUACAUACUCAUGAAUAUUUCCUACUUCACGGUGAUGACUCCAACAGAGCUCCUGCAGUCCCAGGCUGUGGCUGUGACCUUCGGUGACCGCGUUCUCUAUCCCGCAUCCUGGGUGGUCCCCCUUUUCGUGGCCUUUUCAACCAUUGGUGCUGCUAAUGGAACCUGCUUUACAGCAGGCAGACUCAUCUACGUGGCAGGCCGAGAGGGCCACAUGCUCAAAGUGCUCUCGUAUGUCAGCGUCAAGCGCCUCACACCCGCCCCUGCCCUCAUAUUUUAUGGCAUCAUAGCCAUCAUUUACAUCAUCCCCGGUGACAUCAACUCCCUAGUUAAUUAUUUCAGUUUUGCUGCAUGGCUGUUUUAUGGGAUGACAAUUCUAGGACUCGUGGUGAUGAGAUUCACAAGGAAAGACCUAGAAAGGCCCAUCAAGGUGCCCAUCGUCAUCCCUAUCCUGGUGAUUCUCGUCUCCAUUUUUUUGGUGUUGGCCCCGAUCAUCAGUAAGCCAGCCUGGGAGUAUCUCUACUGUGUGCUGUUCAUACUGAGUGGACUCAUAUUCUACUUCCUGUUUGUUCACUACAAGUUCAGAUGGGCCCAGAGAAUCUCCAGGCCGGUCACCAAGCACCUGCAGUUGCUAAUGGAAGCUGUCCCACCAGAGGACCCGGAGUAAACCGUCCACCAGAGAAGGACCCGGAGUAAAUCGUCUGUC